AUGGCACCACCACUAACCAUUCUACUCCGUGCUAUCCUGGCCCUCAUUUUCGUGCUCGCAACUUCUCAUCCCCUUAUCGGACAUUCUUAUGUCACUGCUAGCACUAGCAUCAUUGGAAACGACCGUGGAGGUGUGGUGGAGGCACUCUUGAAAUGGAAAUCCAGUCUCAAAGGCCAAGGCCUGUCUCUUUUGUCCUCGUGGAAUAGCACCAUCCCGUCCUGCAGCUGGGUGGGGAUAUCAUGCGAUAGUUCUCGAAGAAUUGUGAGCUUGAACAUGUCUAGCUAUAACCUUAAUGGUAUGCUCCAAAACCUCAACUUCUCCUCCUUCCGCGACUUGACCACUCUUGUGUUAGCCAAUAUAUCUCUGUCUGGAACCAUCCCUCAUAGCAUCGGUAAUCUCUCCAAGCUCAACUACCUUGACUUGUCCCAGAAUGAGCUUUCAGGUGAUAUCCCACCUAGCAUAGCAAACAUCGCGAACUUGUCUUAUGUCGAUUUUGGCAUCAACAAACUUGAGGGAACGUUGCCAUGA